AUGGACGACGACGUAAUGAGUCCCGACGUUCACCACGACCCUACGCCGGGUCUGAUCCCCGUGCCUCACGGCCCGGCCACCGGUGACGAGGCCCUUCAGCUGCCCUUCGGCGUCACCCCUGAUCCCGACCACGAGAAGGCCAUUUUCGCCUACCUCACACACCCUGACGACAUCUACACAAAAGACGGCACCUACUGGGCCGACCUCCCCUUGCGCGAAAGGAUAGCCUUCGUCAACAAGGUCCAGAAUGAGGAGGCGAAGCAGGAGCUCAAGGCCAUCGGCCGCAUGAUGAAGAAGGACCCUCUCAGCCCCGUCUCGUGGUACUUCCGCAACGCCGUCCUUCCCGGUGCCGGUCUCGGUCUCGAGGGCUACGUCCUCUUCAGUAUCGGCAACAUUGAGCCUCUCUUCAGAGCCACCUGGCCGCAAUGCUGGGGCACAAGCGCUACCGAGUGCAGCAGCAACUGGAUCGCUGCCGUAACGUAUCUCGAGGUUAUCGGUAUCAUGGUUGGCCAGUUGGUCGUCGGUGUUAUCGGUGAUUGGAUUGGUCGUCGCUGGGGUCUCAUUCAGGAUGCCGCCAUCAUGUUUGUCGGUUUGCUCAUGCUCACGGCUUCUUGGGGUUUCGGUGUCGGUGGUGAAUAUCCCAUUACUGCUACCUCCUCCAUGGAAAACUCUGUCUCGUCCGGAAAGCUCUCCACCAGAAACGAUCGUCUUCACCGUGGCCGCAAGGUUACUACCGCCUUCUUGAUGCAGGGUUGGGGUCAGCUUAUCAACCAGGCCCUCCUCAUUAUCCUCCUCCUCAUCUUCCACGGCGGUGGCGGAGGCGGGCCUUAUGGCCUAGCCACUGUCCAGUGGACAUUCAGAUUGUCGUUCGCCAUUCCCGCCGUCGGUACCCUUUGGCUCGUCUACUACAGAACCUACAAGAUGCCCCACGCCAGCCGACAGCUUAUUGCCGCCAAGAAGAAGAGCAACGUUACCGGUUACGAUUACGACUCCCUCGCCAUGACCACCAAGCACUUCGGUGGCCGGCUCCUCGCCACGGCUGGUUGCUGGUUCUGCAACGACGUUUUCUUCUACGGAAACAAGCUCUUCCAGUCUCAGUUCAUUUCCGUCAUCAGCGGCCCCUCGAGCUCCGUCAUGACCGGCUGGAUUUGGAACUUGUACAACGUCAUCAUCUCUCUUACCGGUUAUUACUUGGCCUCGCUCCUCAUGGACAACCGCUUCUAUGGCCGCAAGAUGAUGCAGCAAGUCGGUUUCCUCAUGUGCUUCAUCAUGUUCGUCGUUCCCGCCUUCAAGUUGGAGUACUACACCAGCCCCGCCGGUAUCAAGUCCUUCCAGGCCAUGUACUUCCUCUCCAGCUUCUUUAACCAGUUCGGCCCCAACAGCGUCACCUUCCUCGUCGCCGGUGAGGUCUUCCCGACCCCCAUCCGCGCCUCCGCCCACGGCUUCAGUGCCUGCUGCGGCAAGGCUGGUGCGCUUCUCGCCUCCGUUCUGUACAACUACAUCGACACCCAGACCAAGUUCUACGUCGUUCCCUGGUUCGGUCUCGCCGGCAUGGUCCUCACCUGGAUGUUCCUCCCCGACACCACCGGUCUUGAUCUCAAGGAGCAAGAGCGGCGGUGGAGCUACAUCCGCGCCGGCAAGCCCGACGACUACCACGGCAUCGCCAUCCACCCCAUGCACCUGUCGCUCUGGGAGCGUCUCCGCGGCGUCGGCAAGAACUACAACCCCGAGCUCGACCACAAGCAAAAGAUCGAGGACAUGCGCGAGGAGUGGGCCGGCAAGGAGCGCAUGCGCCGCGAGAAGGAGGUCAACGGCCAGAACACCAUGGGCGACGACCUCGAGCACGACGACUUCAACGACCAGGUCCACCACUACUUCCGCAACACGACCGACCAGGGCAUGUUUGUCAACGACGGCUCCCCCGGCCCCAGCAACUACUCGAGGUCGAGGAACAACAGCAGCGCGCCCCCCUUCGCUUCGGGAGCGAACUCGAAGGAGGUCACGGAGGAGAAGAUCCGCCCUGAAAGCCCUUCGACGACACAGAGCCCGUCUUCGACGCGGCCCGUGAGUGAAAAGGAGCAAUAA